AUUUAUUUUUACUUGUAUUUCAGAACCGACUACCAGCAGCUAGUUUUUGCUGGCUUGGGCGGACGAGAGUAUGAUGGUAAAACUAAACUUUUGCCUCCCACGAUACUGAAGCCGGUCGCCCUGUGGUCGGGCAAACAAAUAUUGUCCACCGUUAUCAUCAAUCUGACCCCCAAAGGCAAAAAGUUGAUCAACAUGGAUUCUUCAGCCAAGAUUAGCGUCAAGGACUGGCAAACGGUACCGGCAAGAAAAUGGGAGGGAGGUGGUACUGAACUACAAGGGAAUAUCAUGACGGAAAAUGAAGUUGUCAUCCAACAUGGAGAGCUGCUCGUUGGCGUACUGGACAAGAUGCAUUAUGGAGCCACUUCAUACAGUCUCGUCCAUUUGUUUAAUGAGCUUUAUGGAGGUCAGUAUUCGUGCCGACUUCUCUCGUGCUUCGCGCGCCUUUUCACGACAUACCUUCAGCUGAAAGGAUUCAGUUUGGGUGUCGAUGACAUGUUAGUAACUCCUCGGGCAGAUAAAAAGCGCAGAAAGAUUCUUAAGCGACUUGAAACGGUUGGAGAUGGUGUUGCUACUAAAGCUGUUGGUGUUACCCCUCAAGAGGUUGAGAAAAGUGGAAUGGAGAUUGUGAAGAAGAAAAUGCAAGAGAUACAUUUCAGCCAAAAUGCCCUAAAAAAAAUGGCCAUUGACAGGGAAUACAAGGGUGUUACUUAUCAAAUUAACAACGAAGUUAACAGGGUCUGCAUUCCUGGAGGAUUGCAUAAACUGUUUCCGGAUAACAACUUGGCGUUGAUGAUUCAGUCAGGUGCCAAAGGAUCUAGCGUUAACGCUAUGCAAAUUUCUUGCCUCUUAGGCCAAAUUGAAUUUGAAGGAAAACGGCCCCCUCUUAUGAUAUCAGGGCAUUCUCUGCCGUCUUUUGUCGCCUUCGACACAUCGCCUCGAGCAGGAGGCUUUAUCUCAGGUCGUUUUAUGACUGGCAUUCGUCCUCAAGAGUUUUUCUUCCAUUGCAUGGCCGGUCGUGAAGGUCUUAUCGAUACAGCUGUAAAAACGUCUCGAAGUGGAUACCUCCAGCGUUUUCUCGUAAAGCAUUUAGAAGGAGUGAGUGUUGCUUACGAUGGUACAGUGCGCGAUUCCGACGGACUUGUUCUGCAGUUUCUUUACGGGGAAGAUGGACUGGACAUUUGCAAAUCGCAAUUUCUCAACGACAAAGGCAUGCCGUUUUUGGUAGCCAACCGCGAUCGUGUCCGUUUGAUUGAACCAGUAUCCGAUGAGUCGGAACAGAAAGAAGUGGAUCACGCUAAAAAAACUGGUGAGGCGUUGGCUUAAUAAGCAUGGAUCGCUAAGUAAAGAAAAGGUGCGAAAGUCUGGGUUUUUGAACUAUUCCUCCCAAUGUGGGAUCAAGGACGAUUUUGAAAAA